AUGAAGGACAGAAAAGUAGCUGUGGGAGGGAGAAGUGAUCGAGGUUAUUCUGAUUCAGCAUGCUAUGCUGUUCCUCUGACACCACAUCAUGUGCUUAUAUGUGUUGCAGGGAUAGUUGGAGAUGAGUCCUCAGCAGAGCCUGAUGACAACACCUCCUUUUACCCGCUCUCAGCCGUAUUUCGUCUGUAUGUGUACGCUCUGCACGGCUGCCUCUGUGAGGUGGCCUUCACAGCUGUGUAUGAUUGGUGCAGCACCCGGGACAGGAGGCUGACGGGACACAGCAGCCUGUGGGCACUGCCCAUGUACGCCACUGCAAUCUUUUUCAUGGAAGGCCUGAGGACCCGGCUCCUGGCCCAGCACUUCUCACUUCCUGUGCGACUGACAGCUUAUACUUUAUUCAUUUACACAUGGGAAUUCAGCUGGGGGGUGGGGCUGAGUCUUCUAGGGGCCUGUCCCUGGGAUUACUCAACCCAUCGGUACAAUCUGGGUGGACUGGUGACUCUGGAGUAUGGACUGGCCUGGGCUGUUGCAGCAUUUAUAGCAGAGCAGCAUGUAAUCAGGAAUACACUGAGGAUAAGACUGAAAAACAACUGAUUGCAUGAUUAUCUUCCAAAAUCACAUUACAUUGGAUGUAAUUUUUGCACUAUUCUACGUUAACUGUAUUCUAAAUUCUAAAUGGUGCAAUAAUAAAAAUAUGUAUUUUCCUGCUCCUUCA